UUUUUUGACAUCUAGCUGUGGUUAAAAAGAAAAACGAAGAUUGUUCUCGAUUUACUCAAAUUCAAAUAUUAGUUUAAAAAAUUUAACAAUGCUCUAAAAAUCACCAGUUAAAUGGAGCCUGCUCAAUAUCUGCAGCCAUAACACUUUUUGUUUUGUUAAAAACUAAUCAGGGUAAUUAAGUUAGAGGUUAUAAAUACAGGUAGACUAAAACAGUAAAAUAGCAAAAUGUUUUGUUGGGGCAACGCAACUCACCAUGAACUAUGUAUAGAACCUGGUUCUGACGCUCAUGAUUUAGUAAUCAAACCAACAUUAUCAAAAUGGUCUGAGAGUAAUCACAUACAGUGUAUUGAAGCUGGACAGUUUCACACCCUGUAUCUGACGACUGCGGGCCACUUAUACUCGUGUGGUAGCAAUGAAGUUGGACAGCUUGGUAGAAGCACGGCCAAAGGAGACAAAUGUCAACCAGAUUUAGUAGAAACAUUCAAGGGCUGCGUAGUAUCAGCUGUAGCAUGUGGCCUAUCGCAUUCUAUGGCGCUGGAUGAAUGGGGUCAGACCUUCAGUUGGGGGUCUGACAACAUGGGGCAGCUUGGAAGCAAUUUAGAAGGUCAUGCACAGCUCAAACCAAAAAUAAUAAAAAACUUAGCCACUAAAAAUGUCAUACAGGUUGACUGUGGUUCCCACCAUUCCGUUGCUUUAUCAAAUAAUGGCGAUCUGUACGCUUGGGGAGCGAACGUAUACGGACAGUGUGGACUGGGCUAUACGUCGAACAAGGAAACCACACCGCGGCCGAUUACGUCGCUACUCGGCGUGCCCAUAGCGCUGAUAGCAUGCGGCAGUAACCACACGUUUGUUAUAUCGAAAUCGGGUGCUGUAUUUGGUUGGGGGAAAAACAAUAAUGGACAGUUGGGACUACAAGACCGAGAGAACCGAAAUUAUCCGACCCAUUUGAAAACACUCAGAAACGUCAAGGUGUGCCAUAUAUCGUGCGGUGAAGAUUUCACCGCCUUCCUCACCCUCGACGGAGGCGUAUUUACGUGCGGUGCCGGAGAGUAUGGACAAACUGGUCACGGGAAUACCAAAGACGAGCUGGUCCCUCGCAAGGUCGUAGAGCUGAUGGGCAGCACGGUGACGCAAGUGGCGUGCGGGCGGCGGCACAUGCUGUGUCGCGUGGGCGAGCGCAUCCUCGCGUGCGGGUACGGCGCGCGCGGCCAGCUCGGCUGCCCGCACAUGGCGCUCGCGCUCGUGCCCACGCCCGUCGAGUUCACUCCCACCGACCACUCGCCCCCGAAGAAGAAAUCCAAGCUGGACAGCAAUGUGACAUUCCGUAAGCCUUCUGGUGCUGGCCCCUCCAAAAUUGAUUUCCCUCCAGAUGUCUUGAAUGGCCCUAUCAAAGUGUUCGCGGGCGGUGACCACAGUUUCUUGGUCAUAAACAGUAACAAAACCAUGGUUGUGGAUUUCCGUCUCCCGGAGCAGAGGAAACAAAUACUCACACUUAGUAUGGCUAAGCUUAGCGCUUGUGAAUUUUUCAAAAAUGAGGAUGUUGUCAAUCAGGAAUUACUAGCUUAUCUGGAGACGGUGUUUGGUUCGCUUGCUUGUAUCAACGCCUCGUUCCUGUUGACUCAGAACGCACACUUCUGUUGCAAUACUAAGACGCCGGGCGUGGACUUGACUAAAGCUGAGGAAGCUUUUACGCUUAUUAGCCGUUUAGAAAACUCUACUAUACAGGAACUCAUAUUCAGCUACUUGACGAAGCAAGUGAUAAAGAAUGUGAAAGUGUCUCCACCUGACGCCGAGGCUCUCCGAAUGUUUCUGAUCCUGCCACUGUAUCAUGAGAUGAGGAAUCCCCGGCGCCAUAAUGAAUUACAGGGUCCAUUCGCGGAGGCGUACAACAAACUGUCAACGCAUCCUCAGCGCAUAGUGCAGUUGUGGUGGGAGGCACAGUCCACGGAGUACUUUGAAAUGCUAGUCGAUAUAUUUAAGAGCGUCGUCGUUUACGAACUUAUACAGCCAAGUGUGAGAGCGAGUAAGAGGUUAUGCUUUAGUAGAAGUAUUGUCCAGAUAUUGAAUACGCUGACUGGAUUGAAUAAAAUAAACUUCACAAAUCCAAAGAAACCAAAAAUACCUGCAGAAUGCUUUUAUAUAGAGGAGUUGUGUAAUUAUGUGGACAUUGCCACAGACUAUAUUGGUUGGCUUUCGGAUCAUGACUCAGUACAUCCACACCUAUGUAACUACGCUUUCCUAUUCGACGUGCAAUGCAAAUCACUGCUGUUGAAAAUCGACCAGCAGCUGCAAAUGCAAAUGGCCGUAAACCGCGCCGCCACACAGAUAUUCAGCCGUCUCUUCAUGGAUCCUACUUAUGAGUAUCAGCGCGACCAGUUUCUGAUACUGUCUGUCUCUAGAAACCACAUAGUAAGAGACACGAUGCUCCAAAUAAGUAACCACGACUCAUCGCAGCUGAAGAAACCACUACGAGUAGAAUUUGUUGGCGAGGAAGCAGAAGAUGCCGGCGGUGUUAAAAAGGAAUUCUUCAUGUUGCUUCUUAAGGAAAUCUUCGACCCCGUAUAUGGCAUGUUCAAACAAUCUGAAGAGACCAAUAUGAUUUGGUUUUCCAACAAUCCGUUUGAAGACGACGUCAUGUAUUACUUGAUAGGUGCCAUCUACGGCCUGGCUAUAUACAAUUCUAUUAUUAUCUAUGUGCCCUUCCCUUUGGUUUUGUAUAAGAAAUUACUAGGAGAGAGUGUUAUGCUUGACGACCUGUCAGAUUUGUACCCCACUUUAGCUAAUAGUCUCAAGAGCUUGCUGGAAUAUCCUGACGAAGAUGUUGAAGAUGUUUUCAGCCUAUGUUUUGCCGUGAACACCGAAGUUUUUGAUCAGAUCCAAGUGCAUCCGUUGAAAGAGAACGGCGAGAAUAUACCCGUGACUCAUGAGAACAAGGGGGAGUAUGUCAAUCUGUAUGUUGAAUUUUUGCUCAACAAAUCCGUGGAAAAUCAAUUCAAAGCCUUUAACCAAGGAUUUCAAAAGGUAUGCGGUGGUCGAAUAAUCAAAUUAUUCAGAUCGCACGAGCUCAUGUCCGUAGUGAUCGGUAACGAAGAUUACGACUGGGACCUUUUUGAAAGCAACUGCGAAUACAAAAGUGGAUACGUUGCCUCUGACCCACAAGUCAGAUGGUUUUGGGAAGUGUUCCACGAGCUUCCGACUGAAGACAAGAAAAAGUUCCUACUGUUCCUGACUGGAAGCGACAGAGUUCCUAUCCAGGGGAUGCGUGAUAUAAAUAUAAGAAUCCAGCCAGUGGCAGACGACAGGUACUUCCCAGUGGCUCACACGUGUUUCAAUCUGCUCGACCUGCCGCGGUACAAGACCAAAGAGCGCCUUAAAUACCACCUCCUGCAGGCUAUACAACAAACGCAGGGCUUCUCACUUGUUUAGAUUUACCAUACACCCGAUUACCGCUUUUACGAUUUUGGUGAAACGGCCUACAAAGACCUCUAAAUGUUUGUACAUUUUUACUUGGAAAGACCUUAACAUUGCGUUUACACAUUGGCACUCAUACGCAAGCACAGAUUUCAUAUUUUUGAAAUUUACAUUUAAAAAUGCAUAAAUACCUAAUAAACCAAAAUAAAAUACAAACAAAAAAUACCUAUCUUACAAUUUAAACUAUCUUUGAGUAUUAUUCAUAUUAAUUUAUUAUGUCACGUGAGUUUUAGCCAUUUUUCAUAAUAAAUUAAUACUUACAAAAAAUACCAUUCAUAGUUUGUAUUUUAUUCCAAAUAUUAACUUUGAACUUUAUUACUUACUGAUUGCAAAAUAAUAUAUUUUUUUAUCUUACACAUGCCAAAACUACUGAUUACGAAAGUUCUCUCUGACCAAAUUUGUGUGCACUGAAUGUGUAUUGGUAUUCACGAAUUUUGGUUUAUUUAUUUGUAUUGCUAUAUAAGUUUGGUAUUUAAAUUAAAAUCAAAGAAUUUUGUAUUUGCAUUUGAAAUAUUUAUUAAACAAACGCAAUAAUGUAGGCACAUCCAUUUUUUAUAACCAUGUCAGAAAUGUGAAUUUAAAACUGAUCUUCCAUCGCGUGACAAUAGUUUAAAACUCUUUUUUUAAUAAUUUACAUAUUAUCAGUAGGCCUAAGACGCGCGACAUAUUUCGUGAACUAAACUCAGACCAAUUACCAUUGGACUUGUAUUGCACUCAAAUUCACCAACAAAAUUGUUGCUUUGCGAGAGGGACGAGGUAAACUGACACAUCGAGAAUAUUUAACACCAAUAAAUAUAUAUCUUGUCCUUACACUACACAUAACCAGAGGCGUCACUAGCUCUCGUAGCACAUCAAGUUACCACAACAGUCUGUGUAGCAAACUAAUUCCUUUGCCUAUAUUCAAAAGGAAAUUUCAAAAAUUUGUCUGGAACACUAUCAAUUUGACUCUUAAAUCAGAACUGUAAUAGUUUUAGUUUGGGAAGAUAGAUGUAAGUUAUGUAACUGUAAUUACACGGAUAAAAUUAACUUUAUGGAUGUAAAGGUAAACAAAACAAAAAUAAAUGAACACAACCUUUAGAAAAUUUUAAUCGCGAAUUUAUGAUAAACCCCUGAGAUCGCGGCGCCCGGGUGCUACGCACCCCUUGCACUAUAGGUAAAGACGCCUCUGCACACAACUAUUUUAAAUCGUAAUACACACACGCAUAAUUUUAACACAAUAAAUCGAUUUUAUAGACGCAGUUUGUAUAAACACGUUAGAUCGUGAUUAUACUUAUACUUUUGACAGAAGGGUAACGUCUAGCGAGGCAGGUCCUAUGGUAAUUGGUCUGAGGGACAUAAUGACAUAUAGAGCUCAACCGGAAGUACUGCUCUCUCUUUCGUAGUGAUGGGAUGAAAGAGCUAUAUUUCCGCUAUUGGUCGACGAUGUCUUUUUCUCUUUACUUCACGUCGUGGCGCGUAUCUUAGGGUCUACUAGGUAAUAAAAAUAGUCAAAUUUUUACAUUUAAAUAUUAUCACGCCCUAAACGCCAUUUGCAAGCACGCCGUUGUAACUUAUUCUUAUCUGUUGGUAGAAAUAAUUAAUCGUUAAAAAUGUUACUUUUUAGGAAGUUAAUUAGGGACAAUAAAUUAUAUUUAUCUUACUUCUUUCCAAAAUCAGGGUUUUUUUUGGAUCUAGGUGGCGAUGCCACACGGAUUCGAUUAUUCACUUGGUUUUAAACCAGUUAAAUAAAAGAAAAUCAGACUGAUGUUAGGUUUUUGUGAUAAAUAAUGUUUGUUUUUUUAUUCCCAUUCAAUUAUAAUAUUUUUUAGCUUUUGUUUAUUAUUUUCUACUUUUAAUGUUUUAUGUUUAAAAUUAAUAUGUUUUAUCUUGUAUAUAUUUUAUUUUGCUACUAAUAAAUAAUACUCUCAUAAUAGUGUGAAUAUAUAUGUAUUCUAUUCGACAGUAUACAACGUAAUAUAAUAGAUUCAACGUUGUAAAAGAAAUUAAAAAAAAAAACAAAGGGACGAACGACAUUUUUUAUGAAUAUUUUGGUUCACAAAAGUAAAUGAGAAAUGGCUCUUUUGACCUAAAGAAUCAUAAUCUUUUUUCUCUGUAGCUUAUUUACUUUGCUGGAUAUUUUUUUUUACUUUGAUGAUUGUUUAUUUGACUGCUGCGAAAUAAUGUUCGAUUCACGGUUUAUCUUUAGGAAAUCAAACAAAAUGAGUAAAAAUAAUUUGUCUAUAAAUAUUAAAAAUUAUAUUAAUAUAUAAUUUAAAAAAAUUAUAUUAAUAUAUAUUUAAAAAAUUAUAUAAUUUUAAAAUAUUUUAAUUUAAAUAAAUUAUAUUGAUUAUAAAUACAAAUAGCAAAAAAUCAAUUAUCUAAUUUAUAUUCAUUAUUAUCAUCGUUUUAGGUAAGUUUGUGUAGACUGCUCCGUUUUGAAAUUGGCUAUAAACUAAAAUAUAUAACGAGAUCUCAUGAGGUCAAAUCUACGUUGGCUAGAUCAGUUAAAUUACUUGUUAAGGUCCGUUUAUAUCUACAGACACAGUGCUUCACAGACAAGUAGCGUGGCAGACACCCACAGACACCGUAUAUUCACACUGCCCAGCAGGUAGCUAGAGACACAUACUUUUCUUGAGACUUUUCAUGAAAGAAGUCCCCCCAGACGCGGCGUUAAUGUCUUAAUGACGUUCUAUUGUCAUUUGUGUAAGGCGCUGUCAAAUUUAGUUCAGGUUUCAUGAAAAGGACAUGACAGACAUGAACCGCACAGACAAAAUAGUCUUUCCGUGAAUACUGGCCGGGGCGCGGCCCGUGUCUGUCAACCCCUGCGCGCCCGCGUUACGAUUGAUAUAAAUAAACACUAUAUAGAAGAAUAUUAUUUUGUCUGCCACGGCACGUGUCUGGCACGCUAAAUGUCUGUAGAUAUAAACAGACCUUCAAAGUUGCAUUUGCGCAACUUGAUCAGAUCCGUUUGAUAUCAAAUUCAUUGCAUUAUCUGUGUCAAACUGACGUUUUUCUGGAGAUUUUACAUUAGUUGGACACAUUUUGUGUCUAAUCUCGAAAAACUGUGAGUUUGACAAAGAUAAUACAAAUAUUAGAAUGAAUUUACUGUCAAACGUAUCCGAUGACAUUCACGUAGAUGCCGUCUAUUAAUAUAAAAUCAAUACAUUCAAUCGUUCCAUAGGUAAUAUUUUUUAGUAUCGAUUGAUAGAUGUUUUUUUGUAGAUGGUUAUAUACGUACCUACAACCACUAUCAAUUUAAAUAAAAUAGUUCAUGUCAAAGAACAGUCAUAGUAACUCGAAUACCGAUUUACAUUACGAUUAUUCUCGCUCUGCUUUGUCGACGUAUUGACAGCGCGCAUUUUCAAAGACAGAUGUUUUCACAUGCGUAUUUCACUGUUUGACAACCAAUGUUAAACAGUGAAAUACACAUUUGUAAAGGUGGAUCACUAUGGAAAUAAUGAAAUCAGCUUAUUUUCCCUGUUGGUCAAUAUUAUUUCGUCUAAGAUUCAAUUCAAAUUCAUUCCUAUAACGUUCUGAAAGUUUUCCAAAAGUGGGCCUAUUUUCGGACUUCUCCUUCACGCUGAAAUAUCAGAGACUUUUAUACCAUUUGAAGCUUUUUAUUAGUCGUUGAAACAAAACGAUAAAAUUUGUUAAUACUUAAUUAUCAUGUUUUUGUUUUAUUAAAUAUAUUUAAGGAAGCUUUUAAAUAUGUUAGUGUUGCCAUUAAAUAUAAUUUAAUUAAAUUAUUAACGGAUACUACUGUGAUAAGUACUAAUAGGGUUUCGUAGAUAUGAGGUGUUUGCAAUCAGUCCAAUUCAUCACAUAUGCAUGUAUGUGUAUCUAAAUUGUCUACCUGCAGGCCAAUUCACUAACUUUGCCGUAUGUUAGUUGACAUAUACGAAAUUAAGAUCAUGUCAUCCGGCACCUACUUUGAUACUAUACUAAUAUACUUUGUGGAUAUCACACACUAGGUAAUUCAAACAAUUUUUCAAAUCGGUUCAGUAGCCUCAGAGCCUAUUCAAUGCAAACAAACAAAUAAUCAAAUCUUUCCCCUUUAUAAAAUUAUUAUAGAUACAAUACGAGUAUAUUAUUUAAAGGAGUUAAAAUGACAAAAAUCUUCGAAUUUUUCGUUUGCUUGGUAUUCGAUACGCGUACUCACAGCAUAAAACAAUUUUGAACAGCUAUUGUAUUAGGUCUUUCUUUACCUAUUAAAUUGCCGUUUUGUAAAAAAAAAAAUAAACGAAUUUUUCAUGUAUUUUUUAUUUGUAUUAAUCGAAGUAAUCACCCAAGCAAUCAAUGCAUCUUUGCCAACGCAGUGGCAGUUAAUUGAUGACCUUUUUAAAGAAAUCAGCUGGACGGCAGGUAAAUUCUUCAAAGACAUUUUGUACUGCCACUCGGGUAGGUAUUGAAUUUUUUUCUCGUCAAGGAGUCCAAAAUCUAAAAUCAAAUCUGUUAUCGCCGCGUUGCAACGACACCGCCGCUUUUAAAUUUACAUGCUUUCAAUAAAUAGUGUAGAAAUAGUAGUCUGAGACGGAUAUGACGGAUAUGAUCUCGUGUUGGCUUCGGUGUGCUCGUGGCGUUCGAGUCGUCUACAUCUCUUGUUGUGUAAUUCUUUAUGGGUUACUUGGGAUGGGUGGGGACAGUGACUCGAGUGGGAAAGAGGAGUGUUAGAUAUCUGUCAAAGGCGCCUUUAACCCUACACACAACGUUCACAAGUGCGUGACUUCACUCAAGGUCAUUCUCGGCCAUUCUAGGGUCUUAGUUUGGUUACAGUUUCAUUUGUUAAUUGAGUUGUCCUGACAAAUGUUGUGAAUCAUAACCUUUGUUCGACAUUAGUUUUCUUAUUUUUGUAAUCACCAAUUGACAAUUGAGUCUGCUAAAAAAUCCAAAAUCAAAAAUAUCCAAAUUCUGGAAAAAGUAAAGUAGUCUGAGAGCUUCCAACCCCAAUUCUUGCAACUUGGAGACCAUCUGCUGUGCAGUAUGAGGUCGCGCGUUGUCGUGCAGGAGCAGCGGAGAGGAGCGUUUGACCGAUUAUGGUUGGAAAUGUGCCAGCUUCUCCAUCAUUGUGUUCUGUUCUUCACAGUACACAUCUGCAGUAAUGCUCAUCCCGUUUGGUAAGAAGCUGUGAUGAAUCACAUCGGCGCUACACCACCAAACAGUGACCAUCACUUUCGAGGGAUAAGUUUUCGUUUAGGACAUUGUUUAGGUGCUGAACCAGGAUCCAACCAACUUGCUCAGCCUGUUAAAAACAUUAAGCGUUAGAAGCGUGCUGCGUGGUUGUUCGGUACAUUCAAGAUGACGAAUAACUGAUAAGUUUGUACACGUCAAAUCAUGUAAUGGCGUCAACGUGCUGCUAUGGUUACUCGUGGCAUAACUUACCGUACGUCGCUAACAUCCAUCCAUCGUCGCUUACCAAUAGACUAGAAAAAAAAAAUUGAAGUUUAAAGAGUUGCACACGUACACGUUCAAAGCUUAAAAAUUUUACAGCGUAUGUUUUGAAUACAAUAGAUAUUUAAACAUCGUUUCUCUGUACAAUAUUUAUUGGACAAUAGCAAGAUGUAUCCUGUGAAACGUUGUAUUUGACACUAUAUGUAUACAGGGUAUCAAGAUAGAAAAAUUUGAAAAAAAUGUAUAAUUUGGUCACUCUAGGAUUUUUUGGAAUAUUAUUCAAUUUAGUUUUAGGUAAUUAGGUGGUGUAUCUACCAUUUACGUUUUAUCCAUUAAUUAUGGGACACCCUGUAUAUAUAUAAUUCUCAUGUAUCAUGUAACGUAAAUUAAAAGUUGUACAUAUGUACAUAACAUAAUAUUUUGACUGUAUUUAGCUUAGCUAUUUGGCUACAAUUGUUUUGAAGCAUUUAUCAAAUCACUACGAGCUAUCGGUGUUAAGGUCUGGUUUGUACACAGUGUAUGUCAUUGUAUGAUGAAUAUAAUAUUUUCCUAGCAA